AGAGGAACUCAUGAGAGUUGAUACGAUGUGUUUCAACUCACAGGCAUGCGGGACACCUACAUUUUUUGUCGAGAAUUUACUUCUGGACUGCGUAACUGGAAACUUCUCUGGAAACUUCUGUACCAACGUUUUAAAAGUCGUUCAAUUUACAGAGUUUGACAACUUUUUAUUUCAGUUCGCAGAGAUGAAGUUGGAUGGUUGAUUGGGUAUCCCUGCUGUAUUCCUGCUGCUCUUGAAGAUACUGUACACAUAUGGCUUUAAAAAAGUAAAAGGAACAUGAACAUGAUGAAGAUGCUUACUUUUUGAGAACUCAACAUUAGAAGUUACUUUUGAACGAAGAGUAAUGCCAUUGUGAAAUCUGCUGACAUGCUGCAGAUUUUAUUUUUUCAGGAACUGAAAACAGAUAUUCUGAUUGAGAUCUAAACAAAGUUUAUGAGAAUGUUUGUUUUGCUUGCUGUCCUUCUCAGCCUCCAAGCUUUUCUGCACAUUAAGCCAGCUAAAUCUAAGCAGUCUUGUACAAUAUCAGCUGAUGGGCGUGCCGCAGACUGUAAAGGCCUGUGGCUAGGCCAUGUGCCUGUAACAAAACUUCCUGCCACUCUGGAAGAGCUUGACCUCUCUUUCAAUACCAUACAGGUCAUCCACCGACAUGAUUUCUUCAAUCUUAGUCACCUGCGAGUCCUCAAGCUUAAUUUCAACAACAUUUCAUUGAUAGUGGAUGAGGCCUUUCAGAGAAAUCUUCUGCUAGAGGAACUAAAUUUAUUUAAUAACUCUCUGACAGACAUUCCUUUCAAAGCACUUGAGCCGCUCACAAAGCUGCAGGUUUUAGAAUUGUCCAAUAAUUUGUACACACAGGUAACUCUGGGUGCUAUUUUUUUUAAUUUAACUCAAUUGAAAGUGUUGUCCAUUGGUGGAUCCCUGGUCAGUGAUUUGAGAAGUAGUGACCUAUUUGUUUUGAAAAACCUCUCAUUGGACAAGUUUGCCAUUAAAGCUGGCACUGGGCUGAAAAGGUAUGAACCUGGGUAUUUUAAUACCAUCAAAACCAAAAGCUUGUGGCUGGAUAUAGCUGUAGACAAAACACCAGAUGUGCUUCCUAUGAUAUUAAAAGACCUAGCAAACAAAACAAUUGAUGUUCUACGUUUCCGAAACAUUUUUGAAUUUCAGUACUAUUCUGGUAAACGGGAUAUUUUUUAUGGCCUGCAGUUUGUAAAGGCUCAACUGCUGACCUUCUAUCGAGGUAAAUUCAAUGAGGAGCUUCUGAGGAUGGCUCUGGUAAAUGUAGCAAUCAGUCCAAUAAAAGCUUUGGAGCUCUUAUUUAUCGACUAUGCACGCUCACAGGAUAUAACACAGGGACCAAGUGUGACAAACCUGACCUUGGAAAGGCUUGUUCUCUCGGACAUCAGUAAUCCAGAUAUAAUACGCUUUGACUGGAGCUUCACCUGGCUUAAUAACAUCCGCCAGUUCAUUAUAUGGAAUGUGAACUUCAACACCGUACCAUGUGACUCAUGGCAAGAAAUGAAAAAUGUUGAGCUUCUGGACAUCUCUAACAACCAGCUGUUGGACAGUUAUAUUUAUAAUCCACUAUGUGACAAGAGGAACACAUUGCUUUCACUUCAGACCUUUAACAUCAGCCAAAAUCGACUAACCAGUCUCAGUGACUUGGCAUCUCUGACUAAGUACUUUGUGAAGCUGAAAACAAUCGAUAUGAGCAACAACCAGCUGCGAUAUGUAGGGAGUUGUGUCUGUCACUGGAGACAAACCAUUACCAAAGUAAUCGCUCAUCACAAUACCCUGAGGAGUGACAGUUUUAAGUGUCUCCCCACCUCUGUAAGCUUCCUCGAUCUAUCAUACAGCAACCUCGACCAACUUGACAUGGACUAUUUUAAUAAGGCUUCCAACCUAACAGAGCUCCUUCUCAGUGGCAACAAGAUCAAGUUCAUCCCUUCUGGCUGGAAGAAUCAGUACCUGAAAGUGCUCGCUUUGGAUGGAAACUCCUUUGGGCUUAUUAGCAUGACAUCUUUUAAAGACAUGCCUAGUCUACGUGUACUGACUGCAGGCAACAACCCUUACCACUGUACUUGUGAGCUCCACAACUUCAUUCAGGAAACCAAGGGCAAGGUGAACAUCUCUGACUGGCCAUACAACUACAAGUGUUACCACCCAGAGAGCCUUCUAAACACAAUGGUGUCACAAUACUUUCCCGGCCAUUUAGCUUGUGAUAUUACACUUAUUAUUAUCAUCUCUGUGUCAACAACGAUGGUUAUUGUACUUGCUAUCACCCUUAUGUGCUACAUAUUCCAUGUACCCUGGUACCUUAAAGCGACAUACCAGAUCAUCAGAGCUAAGUACAGGGCCCAUAAGGAAGGUUCAGAUCAAGCUAUGGACUACACCUUUCAUGCGUUCAUCUCUUACAGCCAUUCGGAUGCUGACUGGGUCAGAGACCAGCUGCUGCCUUGUCUAGAGAACAUUAAGCCUCCUUACCGGCUUUGCAUCCAUGAAAGAGACUUUAUUCCUGGGAGGUGGAUCAUUGACAACAUCAUUGAGAACAUUGAAAAUAGUCGCAAGGUCAUCUUUGUGUUGUCACGGAAUUUCGUGAAUAGUGAGUGGUGCAACUAUGAGCUCUACUUCGCCCAACAACGGACCAUUGGAAAGACAUUCAGUGAUGUCAUCCUGGUCGUGAAGGAACCCAUUGAUCCUAAUUCUUUGCCCAGUAAGUUCUGCAAGCUCAAAAAAAUGCUCAGUAGCAAAACCUACCUGGAGUGGCCUCAGCAACCCACAGAACAGAGUUUCUUCUGGGUCCGACUUAGGAGUGUUCUGGGCAAACCAAAUGUAAUAAGAAAGCGCACUGCCAGUCGGCAUAGUCGUCUGUCUUCAGUGAAGUCAGUAUCCUUGAUUGAGCUGCCACUUGAGAACCAGAGGUCUACAGAUACUAAAGGAACAGAUGAAGAUGGCCACUACAUUAGCAAUCAGCCCUCCAAUAGGGGAAGUCCACAAUCUUUCAGAGAACAUGCGGAGGGAAUUCUCCAUGGCAUUUUGGAAAAUGUCAAGGAAAUGACCUUGAAUGCUGUUUUUAACUUCUGCUUUCUCUGCAGGAAACACAACAUGGUUUCACAGCUUGAAAAUGCAAUGGAAGGCCUCAUUAAAGUCUUCCAUACAUACUCUUCCAAAGAAGGAGACAAGUACAAACUAAGCAAAGCUGAGCUUAAGAGCUUACUUCAGGGAGAACUUGGUGACUUUUUAGCAGCGAGUAAGGACCCCAUGGUUGUGGAGAAGAUAAUGUCUGAUCUGGAUGAGAACCGGGAUGGAGAAGUGGACUUCCAGGAGUUUGUUGUGCUGGUGGCUGCUCUCACAGUGGCAUGUAAUGAGUUCUUUGUGGAGAGCAUGAAGAAUUAAAUGAAGUGUCAUCUUCCAAGUCUCUCAGUUGCACUGUCAUUUGAAAAGAGACCAUUUUGUAAAUGAUAUUUAUCAGAAAUAAAGUUUCUGGAUGUGACAUGGAUAUAUUGUAUUUGGAAUGUACAGAAAAGCAAACUGGCA